UUUAUACAUAUAUAACCCACCGAUGAACAUUCUUUUUCAUGAAAAAAAAAAACAUAACUUGUUGAACGUUUAUCCUUAUGGAUUCUUCUAAUGGAAAUGUUCUAGGGGAUGAAGAAAGUCAGCUUUCUUUUGGAAGCAGUAAUAAAAUUCAACCUACUAUCUCUAUUACACAAAAGCAAGUAUCCAGGUUUUCUUUUUAAACUCUUCCUUCAUCACUAUUUAUGAUAAGCUUCAGAUAUUUUAUCUUUUUUUGGUUUGAUAUCUUUUCAAUUUGUUCUUACAUAUAUGUAUGCUGUUUGGCUUCUUUUUUUAACAGCUUAGAUGAUGAAAAGAAGAAGUAUACUUGUCUCACAAUUGCUGAAAGGCUGGGCUUACCUGACUUCUUCUCUUUGGACGUGUGGCGAGCAUCGGUUGGAGAGCUUUUAGGCUCUGCGGUUCUUGUUUUUAUGUUGGACACCAUAGUGAUUUCCACCCUAGAAAGUGAUGUCAAAAUACCAAAUUUGAUUAUGUCAAUUCUCAUAGCAAUUACACUCACCAUUCUAAUCCUUGCUGUUUUUCCUGUGUCUGGUGGCCACAUUAGCCCUGUAAUUACCUUCUCCUCAGCACUAGUGGGACUAAUAUCAAUGUCACGAGCCAUAAUUUACAUAGUGGCACAAUGUGUUGGUGCUAUUUUAGGUGCACUAGCACUCAAAGCUGUGUUGAGUAGUACCAUUGAACAAAGAUUCUCUCUUGGUGGUUGUACCGUUACGGUAGUUACGCCUGGGCUCAAUGGGCCUGAAAUUGUGGGCUUGGAGAUAGCCCAAGCAUUUUGGCUUGAGUUUAUGUGUACAUUUGCUUUGCUUUUUGGUUCACUUUGGAUGGCCUAUGAUCAUCGCCAGUCCAAGGCACUUGGGCUUAUUACUGUCAUGUCUAUUGUUGGGCUUCUAGCAGGGAUUCUUGUGUUUAUUUCAACUUCAGUUACUGCUAAAAAGGGCUAUGCUGGAGCUGGAAUGAAUCCAGCUAGGUGCUUUGGAGCUGCUUUUGUUAGAGGCGGCCACCUUUGGAAUGGGCAUUGGAUCUUUUGGGUUGGGCCUGGACUUGCUUGUUUUGCUUUCUACUUCUAUACAAAGAUCAUUCCUUCGAAUCAUUUCCAAACUGAUGGAUACAAGCAUGAUUUCUUAGCGAUAAUCGAGACAUUGUUCAAUCAGAGAUAG